CUAUGAGCAGCCCUUGCUUGACCUCCAAACUGUCCACGGAAGCACCUCCAAUCCAGGCCCCAUGCUCCAUGAAGUCUACUGAAGUCUCUUUGCAAGCCGAUUUCCCCUGGGCUAUCAACAAAGGCAUUCCCGUGAAUGGCGCCACGCGGCAGUUGGUUUGACGGCAUGCUUACAUCCCCUAGAAUCAUGCCUGGCCGCCUACCUCCACAUGUAUUACGAAAGCCUUUCCGUUGUGCUGCGCAUUGCACCUCCGCAUAUCCAACCUCAGAAACGGCGGUUGUCUUCCCUCUCCUCGGGAUGUCGGUGGAUGGGUCCAAGAAGCACAUUGCUUGGGAUUUCCUCGCUUCCUUCGCUUUCUCCAAAGGAGGAUGCGGGGACUCGUACCAUAGCAGGCUGAGGUUUGUGAUUAUCUUGCAGAUUGUAGCCAGCAGUCUCCUCUUCCUUGCACCCGGAAUUCAUCAAGGGGUCUUUGGCAAGGCUGAGGAUCUGAGAGCUUGGCUGAAUGUCGUUCCGUCGCUGUUGCAGACGGAAAGUUUACCCUUGACGCAGGAUCCACGAACGCGGGGAGCAGGAGAUGGUGGUAGAGUCCGUGUCAUCGGACGAUGAGGGAUACAGCGAGCUUAUGUGUGAGCGAGAUAUGGCACAAGCUCUAGCUGCUGCAGAUCGGAAAGCUUGGCGGACGAUCAGAGGGACCGGUUGAGGUAGUCCUCUCUGCUCGCAUGUCUGCUCCGGAGCCCAGGUUCGCUGGUGAGACGGUCUGCUUCGACAUCGGGUUAUGCUUGAGUUAACCCCGAACAUGAGCUGUUCUAUUAUCCAAUAGUUAGAUCAGACGACUGCUAGCCGAGCCAUUGACGCUUCACGGGUUGUGCUUAAGGAGUGUCGAGAACGUCUUGGCCAGCUGAGAGGAUGGAGGUCGC